AUGUUCCCUUCGAGAUCGACCAUCUUCGCCCUUCUGUUCACCGCUUGUCAGGUCUCUGCCCUGGUGAUCCGGACGAUUGGUGGCGGUAGCGGGCUUAGUCGACGACAAAGUGCAGGGGAGGUGGUAACACAGUGCACGGAGCCCAACACCGUUGCGUUGACCUUUGAUGACGGCCCAUUCAUUUAUCUUAAUGAAAUCGUGGACACCCUCACGGAAGCAGGAGCGAACGGGACCUUCUUCUUUAGGGGAUGCAUUUACGACGAGGCCAACGUCGAUCGGGUGAGAUAUGCCUUUGAGAAUGGUCACCAAAUCGCUUCGCAUACUUGGUCCCAUGCGAGACUCCCAGCUCUCAGUCAAGCCGAGCUGCAUUGGGAGUUUUGGUUGCUCGAAGAGGCGCUGUUCAAAAUCACCGGAGCCUUCCCUCGGUUUACCCGUCCUCCGUUCGGUGCAUUCAACGAUGAUGUUCUUGAGGUUGCGCGCUUCCAUGGCCAGAUCAUUGCCAACUGGGACUUCGACUCUCGCGACACAGGUGGAUACUCUGCCCUUCAGAGCAUCGAAGGAUACAACAGUCUCAUUGCGUCUCGACCCUCUUCUAUCCUCACGUUGAACCAUGAGAUCAACGAGGGGACUGCGAGGGUAUUGAUUCCUGAAAUUGUUCGCUCUUUGCAAGCCGCCGGGUACAGGCUCGUCACAGUCGCCGAAUGCCUUGGUGUAGAGCCCUACUUAUUCCAGGGAGAGCCACAAGAGCGCGAUGAUACUUGGGCCUGCACUUACCGAAGGAGAACUUGA